AUGUUUGUUUUUCGAUAUAAUACACAAUGGUAUAAUCAAUGGACAAUGCCAAUGAGUGGAGCUGCGGUUGGUUUGAAUUUUGCGCAAGUUCAACAACAAGCAUUGGUUGAGCCGAAGAAGGAGGGCGAUGAAUUUGACGGUUAGUUUUGGCGCACUUUUUUUUAUUACACGUUUUUAGAAAGGGUUUGAAAGGUUUCUUUAAGUAAAAUACACAGUUGUUUUUGAGGGAGAAUUUUCUAGAAACCCAAAUUUUGAUUUUGAGCCCAACAUUUUUGAAUAUCAACUCAACAUUUCUCAAAUUUCUUCUGAAGCCUUUUGAAUCAUCAAAAAAAAUUGUGGAGUCUUCUGAAGCCUUUUGAAUCUUUAAAAGUUCUUCUACAGCCUUCUGAAGCCUUUCUGAAUCAUAAGAACCUAUUGUGGAACUGUCUGAAGCUUUUUGAAUCAUUGAAAAUUCUUCUAGAGUCUUCUGAAGCGUUUUGAAGCAUUGAAAAUUCUUGUGGAAUCUUCUGAAGCCUCUUUGAUCAUUGAAAAAUUUUGUGGAGCCUUGUGAAGCAUUUUGAAUCGUUAAAAAAAUUUUUGGAACCUUCUGAAGAAUUUUGAAUCAUAAAUUCUAUCCAAGUUUUUCAAAUUUUCAGCCGGUCCCCCUUUUUUCCCAAAAAACGCGUAGGCUCUUUCUUCCUUCCAAAAAACAUUGAUAAGAUUACAAAAAUAUUCCAUUUUUUAUGAUUUGAUUUGAAUAAUGUACAGUAAAACCCCUCAAGCAUUAUUUUGUUUUGUUCUCAUUUUAUUUUAUUUCAUCAAAUCAAAAACAUAUUCGAUCAUGGCUCGCAUAUUUUAUCGAACCGCUGCAGGUAUUCUCUUCAGAGGUGAAUUUAUUCCCGGAAAAAUAUUUUCGAAAUUUUGAUGUAGACAAUUCUGAAAAUUAGAUAUCCAUAAUUAUCUUUUGUUUGUCUGAAAACACACAUUUUUUCCAAGCAGGUGAAUUUUUCUAAAAAGCAAUGAUUAGUUCAAAAAUCACUUUAGCUUCUGAAAAUCGGAAAAUAUUUCUGAAAAAGUUUCCAGGCAGCCAUGAGAUCUAUGAAAAAAAUAAAUUCAAGUUUUAUUUGUUAUAUCUAGUAAGAACAGCAACACUAGUCCUUUUUUUCAGUUUUAGGUUUUCUCAAAAUCAAAAAAUACAUAUGUUCACGAUAGGGUGUAUGUACAAAAAUCAAAGAUAAAUGUGACAAAACACCGUGUGACGCAAAAAUCAAUACAAUAAUAUUGCCUGUUAUUUGACUGCAUGUUCCAGUGGCUGCCAUGUAGAACAUCAGUAUUCCCGGCGAAAUUAUUGUUGAUAAUGGGAUUGAGAUCUGGAAUUUUUUUGAGAAUAUAUAUAUAUAUAUAAUUCCAACAUGAUACCUGUAGAGUAACUUUAAAUAAAAACUUGAGUUGAAGCUUCCUGGUUUUACUAGAAACUGCUGCUGCAUUUUCCGGCCUUAGUAAAUGAUAAGCAGCAGAGAUAAGAAAAUAGAGCACAUUGAAAACCACAUUAGCACCGAUCAAAAAACAACAAAUCGUUAAAAGUGGAAUAUUUGUUGUAACUAUAACUGAAUCAUCUUCAAAAUAUUCAAUUGGUGGGCAAGGACAAUUUUUCAAGUAUUCCAUUUUACUCUGGAUUUGAUCUACAUCAUUUAAAUAAUAUGGGAUUGGAAUUAGAAGACCGAAAAUGUAGUGAUAAGUGUAGUAAAGAAUCAAAGUCCAUUUUCUAGUUAUUUUAUAUUUUAAUGUGAUGAUUGCACUGUGCCGAUUUUGAAAUAGAAUCACUAUUGAAAUACCCAUGGCUGAAAAAUUACAGAUUUUUUUACAUAAGAUGCAUAAGCCUGAUCAAGUUACCAUAAAUUGCAAACUGCCCAAAAUAGGCUAUAAGAUUAUGCGGAAUUCCGAUUCUGUACAAAAUUCCGGAAAAUAAUAUAACUGGAACUGGUAGGAACAAAUGAGGUACGCAUAAAAUUGUACAUCCAAAAUCUAGAAUACAUGUGCUGAAAAAAUUAUUAUUUUGAUUUUCAGAUAGAUUUCUCACGUACCAUAAAUGAAGCUGUAAUAGAAUAUUUCGAGUAUUCAUCAUUCUUUGAGGUGUAACUUUCAAAAUCAGGUAUAAUCCCAGAAUUUCUAGAGGAAAAAUAAUUGCAGAAAUAACAUGAAGACCUGUGAGUAGAAAAUCUUGCGAUUCUAGAUAGGUUGUUCUAGAGCAAAAAGUGUAAUUGGUGGAGAGGUAGUGUUGCAUGUUACUUUUUAGAGUUUGAGAAGAAAGAAUGUGGAGCAAGAUUAUUUAUUUAUUUCAGCUGCUUUUGAAAACCAUAGAUUACAUAUGUAAGCGAAAAUAUUCAAUUAUCUUUAUGUUUUUUUUUGAUUUUUGAAAUACGUCAGAUGGGAUUCUAGAAUUCACUGUUAUGAGGAAAUUUUGGGAAAUAUUUGAAGAGAAGCCAAAUUUUUUCUAAUUUUCUUCAUAAUAUGAAUUAAAACAAUUUUGUCAAAAACAUUUGAACUUCCAAAAGCUAACCGUAUUUUCUAAAUCAUAGGAACAAAAUUUCAGAAACAAUUUUAGUUUUUUUUCCUAAAACUUCAGGUUUUGAGUUUGAUUUCAAGCAACAUCUUGAACUAUUUAUCAAAAGUUGAAGUUGAAAUAUUUCUCAACAUAAAAAUUUCCAAAUAUUCCUUGUUUCAAAAAAAAACGAAGAAAAAAACUCGUGACAUUUUGUAAAUACAGUACUAACCAAUCGAACACUUUUCACACAUGUCACAAUCAAUCAAUCAACUAAUCAAUGUGUGAUAAAACAAAUCAUCACUCCCUUUUAAUGUACAAAAAACAUCUUUCCCUUUACAAAAUACGUUUUUUUGUGUGUUUCGUUAUAAUGAAAUUCACUCAUUCAUCCGGAAAGAUUCUUAUCAAACCAUUCAUGUAACAACACAUGUGGAAUUGAAAUCGCGGAGAGGAAGGACAAAAAACUAGAAGAGCCUAGUGGCUAGCUAGCUGUCGAAAAAAUCAUAAAACUUUUAAUGAGACAACAUAAAUUUUAUGCAUACAAGGAAAAGAGGGACAAAGAUGGGGUAGGCAGGUCAAUUUUUGAUGAUUCAUUAAAAUGACAAUAUCGUUGUAUUUUAUCUACUCCCGUUCACCUCAACCCUCCUCUUAUUCGCGCAUUUUCACGACAUUUUUCCUCUUUUUCGGUUUCAACAAGUUAUAUUUACCUAUAUUUAAUGUGAUUUUACAUUAGGCACAAAAAUCUAUGAUUUUUUUGGGCCUAGAAGAUUUCUUGAGCUUGUGGCUGAUUCCGGACGUUGAAUUCUUAAUUAGGGUUGGAUACAUCGGGAAAAGCUGGUGCCGGGGAUUGAACUUGGGACCCUGAGAUUGCCAGCAGCCAACACUACCACUGAGCUACUUCUUCUCUACUUUAUCCAAAAAAUUGUCUAAAUUCAAAAUAUUUUUUUUAAUUUUCCAAAAUUUUCUUUAAAAAUCUCCCCCUAGGUUCCAUCAUAUUUUUUUUUCAAAAAAAAAAAUUAGAAAGACGAAAAAAGACAAAACCUGUUCUGUUUUUUUCCUGGUGUACACUACCGUAGUCGCCAGCUGCCUACUGUGGGGGCUUAUCAAAUUCAAAAUGAACAGACUAGAGAAUUUCCAGAAUUUUAUGAAAUAAAAAAUGGAAGCUAGGUGAAAUCAAUACCAAAUGAAAAAUGAAAUGACAAAAAAAAAACACAAAACAGUGACUUUUUGGUCAUGUCUUUUGUCGUUUACUAAACGAAUUAUCGAGCGACUAAUUUAAUUUAUUCACUAAGACAACAACCAUAAUCGCAAUUUUGCGUCUUCUCAUUUCGAUAUUGUGUUUCUUCACUGUGUGGUGUCGUCGACCAUACUUUAGUUUUCUUUCGGUUUUUGGGUUCUCUUGAUAUCAGGAACUUCUGUACAUUUUUCCCAAGAAUUUUUUGAUCUACCACUGUUACCGUUUCUUAAUUUUGGAAAGCUAUGGUCAAGCCUUGCUCAGGAUGAUCCAAAGUAAUCUUGUGUGAUUUUCAGAUUCAGUAGAACCUUCAGAAUUCAGUUCCUUUUUAUAUAUAUCAAAAUUUGAGCCGAGCCGAAGUUUUCUCAGAAUUUCACCCCUCAACACAGUCUGUUAUCUAAUGUUUAUUCUUUAACCACACACAUCAUUACAAAAAAAAAACCUUUCAUCACCCCAAAAUAUUUUUUUUCGCAAAAGAAACGCAAAUCACUUUGUCAUAGUUGUCCCAUCUUUGCGCGCGGGCGCGUUGCAUUUCACGCAUCACCGCAUUGUUUCCCCCACACACACAAAAUGUUUAUCUGAUAACCCCAAGUCAACUUGGUUAUUCAGUUAUCAAACGAAACGAUUCGAAUAGUAUGAUUUAUAGUUGUUUAUGGCACCACAAAAAGAGCCCCGGCGGCUACUACUAAAAGGAGCAUGAUUUGUAUAUACACAUCUAUGAUGGGCUCAUUUUGCUUGCUCUUCCACUUUUCUUCUUCUGCUUCUUCUUCCAUUAGCUUUUUCGCUGUUCCCUUUUAAGAGUCAAGUAGAAAAAGGGAGAAGCAUGGCUCAUCGGUUUGAAAAGGGUUACUGUAAAAAAUUGUGGGGGCGGAGCUUAUCGCGCUAUGAUUGGUUGUAGGCUUUGGUUAGCGCGCCGUGUGUGUUCUAUCAUCUCUCGCGCUCUCUCACUAUCUCUACCGAAAAUUCAUCGUCGUCCUCCCUUCCCUUCUUCAUCGUCAUCGACUUCCCUUUCUGCCUAUUUCCCCCUCUUCUGAUCUUGAUUGCUUGUGACAACCAGCCGAUUGGAGGAGUAGAACUGUUUUUUGUUCGGGGCUUCGCUUCUGAGCAGCUUUCUUGAGCUUCACCUGAGCUUAGAUUGGACGAAUUGACAUGGAAGCUUGCUGAUUUGAUUUUGAUUUUGAUUUAUUCGAUUAUCUAAAGAAGCAUUCAAUAUUUCGUCUAAUAACAAUAUUUAUUAUUUGAAUCAUAAUAAUAUAUUUAUUAUGCAUCGUGCGGAUUUAUAUUCCAUCAGUGAAACAUUGCCAAGAUGUGAUCAAUCGCUAAUACGAGUUAAGCAAAAAGUUUAUUUAAUUUGUAUAAUCAGAUCUCAUUUUGCAACACUUAUUUAUUCCUUUUUUUUCUAAAAUAGAGCUUCGGAAAAAACUUCAACGCUUCUUUAAAAGUCAAUUUCCCACGCUGAUUAUUUCCAGCGUAAUUGAUGAAAUUGAAUCUGACAAAGUUCAAAGAAAAAAGUUUCAUCUUCUUCUCUCCUCCUAAUUUGUGUUAAUUUGCAAUAAAAACAUUGUGUCCGAUAUCGAUUUCGAUGAUUUCCGACAUAAUUGAUUAUGAGUCAGUGGUGAUUUGUAGAACAUAUAAUUUAGAAAUCACUUUUUUUCCCGCGCGCGCCAAAAUUUUUUUAUUUUUUUGAAAAAAAAUUGAAUAGUACAGUAUAGAUAGAGGUGGGAGUGAAUAAGAGAAAAACGUCAGUCAGCCAUCCAAAAACAUUUUUUGGUAGUUGACGCGCUGCGCUGGGGUCCCGCCUCCAUCUAUCUAUCAGUUGAUGGUCAUAUACAGUCUCUGAUCGUAGAGAGUGAGAUGAUAUCAACCAGCCACGCUCCGUUGGUGGUGUCUAUCAAGACACCAUUGGCCAACAAUAAUCCUACGCCAACUAAUUCUGUUGCUGUUGCUGCUGCUCGAAGAGUCGCUGCCACUAUUCGUAAAAUCACUAAAAAUGGUAACGGAUGUCCGGUCUUCUCUCUAGUUGCAUUAAGCGUUUCCGGCAGGAGCUCUAUUUAUCUAGCUCAUCAAAAUUUUCACACACCUGCCCCCUUUUUCACAUCUAUCAUUAUGUAUUUUUCAGAUGAUGACCAAAAGCCGCCAAAUGACCCGGAUGAGGAUGCGGCUGAGGCGAGAAUGCGACUAAAACGAAAACUGCAGCGGAAUCGCACGUCGUUUAGUCAGGAGCAAAUUGAGGCUCUUGAAAAAGGUGAGGAACUGGGGGGAGAUUUUUGGGGGGGUUUCCUGGGGAACUCUAGAAAUCUGAGGAAGCCUGGGGAAGCUUGGAAUUUUCUGGAAAAACCUGGGAGAAUUUUUAAAAAUCUGAGAAACCCUCAGAAAGCCUUGAGAAGCCUUGGGAAGUCUGGAAAAGCCUUUUGAAACCCUGAGAAAGCCUUGGAAAGCCUCAGAAGGCCUGAGAAGCCUUGGAAACUCUGAGAAAGCCUUGGGAAGCCCUGGGAAGUCUGGGAAAGCCUAUUGAAAUUCAGAAAAGCUUUGGAAAGCCUAUUGAAACCCUGAGAAGCCUUGGGGAGUCUGGAAAAACCUCUAGAAGCUUCUAGAAGCUUCCAAAAUCCAUCUAAAGCCUAAAAAAUUCCAAUUUUUCACGAAAUUCAUGUUCCUACUUUAAAAAUGAACCUAAAACUCCCUUCUUCACCCCAAAACCACAUUAUGAUUUUUUUUUUCCAGAAUUCGAAAGGACCCAUUAUCCAGAUGUCUUUGCACGUGAAAGAUUAGCGCAAAAAAUCGGCCUCCCAGAAGCUAGAAUACAGGUUUGUCACCUCACUUACUUACAGAGAUUUCUGUAUUCAUUAUUUCAUUUAUUUUCAUGUUCCCAAAAAAAAGUCCAGUCAUUCUCUCUCCGCAUUGUAAAUACAUAAUUUGAACUAAUAAAAACGCAAUUGUUUUCUUCUCGUUUAUGUCUUUUUUACCUUACCGGCCAGGCCGGCUAAAAUCGAAAACGAGAAAGAAAAAAAAGAAGAAAAGGUUUUUUUAACAGUUGAACAAAACUAUGCCAUCGGGGUCUUCAAGAGCCCUUGUCACCUCGACACACUUGUCCAAACUGGUUCUGUUUUUUGCCUUUGUAGUUGUUUGUAUUUUUUUUUCUGGGUCUAUAGGUAUUUAGAAAGUUUGGAACAACAAAUAAAAUAUUUUUUGGACCCUUUUCAAAAAAAAAAAAAAAAAGAGACAGAGACAAAAAGAAGCUUUGGCAAUUAAUCUUGAUUAGCAAACAAAGUCAUAAUUUAUCGAAUUAUCUACUAGAAGAGAAAUAAAAACAUAUGUCUUUUAUGUAUAUUUUUCAACAAUAAAAACAUUUUCAGGUAUGGUUUUCAAAUCGACGAGCAAAAUGGAGGCGUGAGGAAAAACUGCGGAAUAAACGUCCUGGAAAUUCCGGCGGCAAUAUGGAAUCCCUAUCAAAUGGAACGCCUACACCAACACCUUCAGCGCCUGGAAGUGCGAUGGCGAAUUCAUUAGGAUCGCCGGCAACCACACCAAACAGAUUUACAAAUAGUAGUUCUUCCGCUUUAUCCACGUCGAAUUUUGUGCCACCAACAAGUCAAAUGUAUACUGGUUUAACACAACAAACAAUGGAUCCCUAUGGAUUCGGGUUUGCAAAUGCUGGCCUAGGAAUGGCACCUUAUCAACCAACAGCUGAUUUUAGUGCACAUCAUAUGUUUCCAGCAACAAGAUCACCAUAUGAAGCAUUCCAUGUGAGUUUAGAAUUAAGAGGCAGUUUUUUUUCAAAUAAAUUUUGUUUCAGUCAUUCCAGAAUUUCCAACCAUAUGCGAGAACCAUGUCAACGAAUACUCAUGGAUUUCAACCAUCAAUGAGUCCAGCAACAACUGCAGUUGGAGGUUAGUUUUCGAAAAAAUAAUCUGUAGAACUUCUAGGAAGAUCUGUAGACUAAAAUCUUCAACCUGAAAUUCAUUCCAAAUCCUAACCAAAGUAGAAAACCAUAUAUUUAUUAUAUAUAAAUAAAAAUAUAAAUAUCUUUCCUUUUUCCCCUAACAUUCCAAUACCGUAAUCCUCCUCACUCACCACUCUCUAUUUCUCUUUCUUUCUUCUUUGUGUCGUCGUGUGACAUAUGCCGGGUGCUGUCACCUCCUAUUUAUGUUAUGUCCAAAUACAUACGUUUACCUAUCCACCCUCUUAUAUAAAAUGAGAGGUAAGAAAUAUCCCAAGAUUGACAGGGGUAGUUAAAAAGUAUGGGAUUUUUGAAUGAAUGAGGAGAGAGGAGUACGGUAGUUUGAAAAAAGUGGUAGAUUUUUAGUGAGGUUCCUGAUAAUCUGGAAGAUUCGAGAGAUUUUGAAAAACAAACUUAAUCUGAAACCUUUUUUUUUCAAUCUAAAAAUCCAAAAAAACUGAGUUUCAGCACAACAUUCAUCUAAAAUCUUUUUCAACCAGAGAGAGAGAUUCUGAAAAUUUCAGAAAACUUUGGAACUGUUGAAAUUUUGAGUCUCGGCACAAAAUUUAUCGGAAAGCGUUUUCAACCAGAAAGAGAUUCUGAAAAUUUCAGAACACUUUGGAAGUUUUGAGUUUUAGCACAAACUUAAUCUGAAACCCUUUUUUAAUCGGGAAAUUUCGAUGUUCUGAAAUUUAGCUUUCAAAAAUCCUUUUUCAAUCUAAGAUCUGAAAGUUUAAAAACAUUUUCGAAGUUAUGAAAUUCUAGCAAAAAUCAGAAGAAAUUUCUGAAUAUUUUAAAGAUGAGAUAAAAAUUCAUUUUCUGAAAUCAAAAUCACAAAAUUAAAAUUUUCUAGAUCUUUCAACAAUAACUCCUGGAAUGAGUAUACCGGUAUCAGCAGUGCUCAAUUCAAUCGAUCAAUCCGCACUAGGCGGAAAUCCAACAAUGCACGAACUUGGCGAUUUACAACAAACACAUGACCCGACACAAUAUUGGAGACAAUAA